GAACGAGAUACGACGUUCAUCUUUCGAAUGGAGUCACAAAGCCGUCAAGAACACCCAGUCGUUCACUCGAACGAAGAGAUUAAUGGGAGAAAAGUUUCCCACAGAACUGGUCUCGUGCCAGCGGUGACUACAGGUGUUCAUGAUGAGAGCUCAAAGCUUCUUGGUGAAGUGGUUAACGAGGGUGAAGCGGCCUCAAGAACUUAUCUCCAAACUAAACUGGUCGGGUUGCUCGCUCUGUUUGCGGUCAUCUGGACAAACAUCUUCCAAGCCGAAGCCGUGCAGUAUCUUCAGACAUCGAUCCAUUUCAACAAACCAUUCUUCGUCAUGUGCUUCUGCCAUGCAGUGCCAGUGUUGUUCUUGCCGUUGAUUUUCGUCUACUAUCGUAUCUGCGGAACAACUGAAGAUCGUCAUGCCGGUCACGACAUGUUGGAUGUGCUUAGAAGGCACUCCAUCGUUCCUCUUGGGCAGCUACUUCGCCUGUCCGCAUUUCUCGGCGUGUUCUACCUGGUGUGCGACUACUUCUGGUUCUCAGCGUUCCAAAACUUGACGGUAGCAGCUGGAGCUGCGAUCUUCAACAGUUCGCCACUCUUCGUGUAUUGCUUCUCGAUUUGUUUGCUGCACGAGAAAGUCUCGUUAAAGAAGCUGUUCGGCGUUUUGACGGCGUUUGCUGGUGUGACGAUGGUGAUAUUUUACCAAGACAACAGUGACAGCGGAGGUAUUGGAAGCCCCAGUGUCGUCGCGGGACUGAUGAUGCUAAUAUCGGCAAUGCUAAACGCCGGAUACAACGUGUCUGUAGCGUUAACCGCAGGCGCAAAUAUCAACGAUACGCCGACACUCAUGAUCAUGAUGGGACUCAGUGGAAUAUUCACAAUACCUGUGUGGCUGAUCGGUACUCUGUUCUUCGCGCAGAGUCCGUUCCCUUCGUUGUAUGAGUCGAUCGGAUUUCCCCCGACAGCUGAAGGAAACAUCAUGCUGGUGACUGGAGCAUUCAUGUUUACGACCAACUUCAUCUUCCUGACAUUUGCUGUGUGCUGGACUUCGCCGCUCGAGACAAGUGUUGGCUUCAUGCUCACGAUCCCGUUGGCAGGGCUCAUCGAUACGUUUGUGCGUCAUGCGUCGUUUACGUGGGAGUUCUUUACUGGUGCGGCGCUAGUGAUGACAGGAUUCUGUAUCUUGGAAUUGGCAUCUUUCGAGACGUCGAAGCACUCCAAUUCGCACACGGACGUUGAGGUAGAAACAGAGCUAGCAUAAGAAAAAAAGUGAGAACUGAGAC